AUGAAGAAAGGGGCUCAUCCCAUCCAUGGGCGAGAUGCACGAGGGGCCUCGGAAUCUCAAAGUCGAAGCGCUCAGGAUGAAGAGGACAACGCGGCCUCAUCCUCGAGCUUGCGGGCUUCCUCCUCUCGCACAGAGUUCCACGAGGACGAGUCCCUCAUUCGCUCCUCCCGCCAACGGUCCACGGUCUCCUCCUCUUCUUCCUCAAAGGAUAGUGACAGCGACGACAGGUAUGAUAGCAGCAGCUUGGAAAGUGAAGGUCGGGCCCCGCGCAAGGAGAAGGAGACGUCAGGGCGACCGCUGUCUGAAAAUAGUGCUCGCAGCCCGGGCCAGGGGAGCCCGUGUCUCUCCACAGCGCAAGAAGGUGGAGGCAAAAGAGGGAGUGGUGAGGAGGCAAAACAGGGUGUGCGAAGCCUGCAAGGGCGCGAGGGGAAGGGAAGGGAUGUGAUGCAGGAGGAGGUGUCCAGCAGGGAUGAGGGGGAGAGGACGAGCGGGAAGAGCGAGGAGAGGGCACGGACCCUAGCAGCAGCCGCGGUGCCCGCCUCUAGCCGCGCUAUUGAGGAAGCGGUGCAAUGGGAGCAUCGAAAGGUGCUGCAGGAGCGGCAGAAGGAGCUCCUCUACUACGAGCGCUUGUUGACGGAGCAGCAACAGUUGUUGAAAGCGAUGAGCGCGCCCCUCUUCUCCCCGCCUUCGCCCUCAACCUCCCCUCUGUCUGCUCCUGGACCGCCGCGUCGCCCCACCCCACCACAAGGAGAGAGACCACCAGCAGCCGAUAAACAACCGUCGCACGGGUCAAUAUCACCGUCGCAGGAGAUAAAGGCCAUGUACCCACAAGAAAGAUAUGUGCGACAAGACCAAAAGCAAUCGAAAAAGCAGAAGCAGGAGCAACAAGAACUUGAGCAAGAAGGGCAGGAGCAGGAAGAUGAGAAGCAGCCCAAAACGACAAUAUCGCCGCAGCAACGCUACAUGCUACAAGAAAGAAAGCAGCAACCAAAAAAGAAGCAACAAAAAAAAAAGCAGCAGCAACGGCAACACGAACAGGAGCAGGACGAGCAGGAGCGACUGUCACGGAAGCAGCCGAAGCAGGCAGAGCAGGCAGAGAAGAACAAGAAGGAGAGGCAAGACGCAAAAGGGACGGGACAAGAGCUGGGCAAGUACCAGGCUCUGCGGAAAGAUCUCAAGAGGGAGAUCACCGCCUGCAACCAAGAGCUCCACUUGUUGAAGCUGGUCUCUGGCGCCCGCACCGAGGAGCACGUGGCUUCUGGGCGUGAGAGGGCCGCCCUCCUCCGUCGGCGCCUGCACAAGGUCCAGGAGCAACUCGUCUCCUUGUCGACG